AUGGUCUGGCCCUUCUCAAAGGCAAGCGGCGAUGCUUCGCCAGCACAGCCAGCAACACAAUCACCACAGACCGAGUCGAUACCUCCCACCACGGCCCCUCAUGAUCCCGACUUCUACGCCGCCCACCCACACCUCGCACCGCCUUCCUUUUCUACAGCAUCUACCACUCCAUCUUCCUCCUCCGGCUCAUCCACAAUCUCUACGAGCACGACCACCGACGAUGUCCUCGACCCUUCCCUCCCACGCACCAUGUCCUGCCGCGCCGCCUUCGAUAGCGCCUUCUACUGCUCCUCGCUAGGCGGCCACUUCAACGAUCUCUACCGCUAUGGACAGCUUCGAUCCUGCAGCGAUCACUGGGCCGACUUUUGGUUCUGCAUGCGCACCAAGAACAGCUAUAGUGGACAAGAUGUCAAGGAGCGCAUGGUGCAGGAUCGGUAUAGGGAGAAGGAGAAGCAACUGAUGAGUGGGCCAAAUAGCGAGGAUGUGUGGGUCAGGCGGCGGCCGGGAGAGGAAGUCAGGGGGGCUUUCAGGGCGGGCACAGGGUUUGAGAAAGAGGAUAGGAGACAAUAG